AUGUUGCCUGUGUAUAUAUUUUUUGGUGUGCUGUGUGUUACUAAAUGUGACGAUUAUUAUUCUAAAGAGCCUAAAACCACUGAGAAAUACAACUGGCAUCCCACAGAGUCAUACUGGGACAAAACUAAGCCGACGACAGCGAAAGACACAGACGACAAAUUGUUUGUAAUCCAGAGCAGCUUCGGAAAACCUUACUAUGUAACUGGGUUGUACACGAUACCGUAUUAUAUCUUCGGCGAAUUUGCGAAUUACUAUCAACGCCCCACUUUCGGUUAUCCAGAUAUAAAUUAUUAUAAUUACUUGAUAAAAAAGCAAAACAAGGAUAAGCCCUAUGUGCCUUCAUACAAGCCAUAA